CGGAUCCAAAUCCAGCAGUGUGGGAGGAUGUUACAGAUACCAAACCAAUGACUCUAGUUGAUGAUUGUGUUUCAUUCACCACCACAGUGUCUGCAAGGUUCUGGCUGAUCGACUGUCAGAAUGUUGCCGAGGCUGCCCAGAUGGCCUCCAUUCUGUACCAGGAAGCAGUUACGGUUCCCUACAUGGCCAGAUUUGUGGUUUUUGCCAAGCGGGAUUCCUCUGAGGAGGGUAAGCUGAGAAUUUUCUGCAUGACGGACGACAAGGAUGACAAGACCUUGGAGAAGCAGGAGAACUUUCUUGAAGUGGCUAGAAGCAGAGACAUCGAGGUCCUCGAGGGCAGACCUCAGUUUGUGGAGAUGGCUGGAAAUCUGAUCCCAGUUACCAAGUCCGGGGACCAGCUUCAUGUGAACUUCAAGGCAUUCAGAGAAAACCGUCUGUCAUGUACUGUCAAAGUCAGGGAUCAGGAUCAGGAAGCUGUGGCCAGAGUUGCCUUCAUGAAAGAGCCCAAAGUGGCGCGAGGAGAAGCACCUCAGACACCGAUCUGCAACCUCAACAUUCGCCUCCCAGACAUGGUGCUGUCUGACUCUGGUGAACUGGAUGCUGACAGAGCUGCUGAAGUCCGUCAUCGUCAUGACUCCCUGCGGGCACAAGAACUAGUUAUUCAAGACACUGUCAACCAAGCAGAGAUGAAACUGUCAGAUGUUGCUGACACUGUCCAGGGAGACUGGGUUGUCCUUGCUCAGCAGCUACAGAUCUCCAUCUCUGACAUCAACCACAUCAAAAACGACUACAAGACGGUUGGCGACCAGGCACUGGCCAUGCUCCAUUUCUGGGCUCAGAAGAGUGGGGAGAAAGCUACAGGUACCCAGCUGGAGAGUGCCUUACGAAGGAUUAACCGUGAUGAUGUGGUGAGAAAAUGCUUGCACCACGUGGUCAGGGAGGAUGAUGAAGUGGAAGCAGCUGCUGCUCGAGCUGCCAUGGAUCAGUCAGGUUUUGACACAUUCAAAGAAGAGGUUGGCAUCACUAAAGAUUCCUUAAAACGAGGCAUGUCACUUGAUGUGCAGUACGAUGAACAAGAUAUGAUUAAGGAGUCAGAAUCAGCAGCUGAAGACAGCCCAACUGCUGUGAAAGAGCGUUUCCAUGAUGAACAACAGUACGAAGCUCCACGUGCUCCAGGAGAAGCAGCAUCUCAUGGAGACUGGAUCAGCACAGAAUUUGUGGAGGCAAGUGUGGAUGAUCGCAGACCUUGUGCUCCUGCUCCCAAAUUGCCUGAUGAAGAAGACGAAGAAUCUAGACUAAGAAAGGAAGCAUACGUGGACUUUGCUCUACAGCUGGACCAACUUUCGGAGAUGCAGGAUUCACAUUUGUCACCUAAAGAUUCAGAUGAGCAGUCUGAACCAUCUGUUGGAGAGGAAGAAAUUGUGAAAUCUUCAAAGUCGAGGGCAGAGGAAUCAUUGCCAACUCUGAGAGCUGGAAUCAUUUCAGAACAGCAAGAGCAGCCACCACAGCCAAAGCGUGAGAAAAGUGAUGAAGAUGAAGAUGGACAAGAAAUGACAGAGAUAGUAGAGACUUACCGAAUCUGUGAGGAUGGCAAUGUUUGGAAAACAAUUCAGAAGACAACCGUCAUCACAACAAAUGGCAGCACGGAACGUAUUGUAGUCCUUAAAGUUUUGGCAACAGAAAGUAACAUUGCUGAAGCUGCCACAAGGCUUGCUUCAUCUGUCGACGAGCAAGGCGAUUCUGCUGUGCAUGGAGCCACUUUUGCAG